UGUGGGUGGCGGACGCGGGUUCGUUGUUGGCGUUCCUCCCUCUCCCCCCCCCCCCCCCGCUCAUGGCGAGUCCUACGGAGCUGAGUGGUUCGGUCGAGCGUUGGAGACGGCGCUACUUGGCAGGGGAGGAUUGUUCUUUGGAUACUGUACAAACCAAAUCUAAAAGUAGAAGAAAACUCUUUUCUCCAGAUAAAAUGGACAGCUCAUUAGAUGAUACAGUUUCAUCUUUACUUGUAAAUUCCUCAUGCGCAAAGCAUACCUUCAGUGGUAGAAAACACAAUAGAAAACAUUUUUCUGACUCUUCAAAGAAUUUUAUAAACAUGGGUUGGCCUAGUGAAGAGUUGGGUUCCCAGUAUGAUUCAAGCCAAACUAACAUACAGCCAGAGUUUAUCAGAGAUUCUCUGGAAUGUAAUGAAGUUCAAAGGACAGGGAUAUAUACAGAAACAGAUGUCACUCUGCCAUCCGGUUUGACAGUGGCCACAUGCAGUGAGUGUGGUGGUAGUGGAGUGGUAAGAGAGACCAGAAUCCAAGGAUUGAAUGGGCAAAGCCCAAUACCAUCUCACUUUGGUCAAAUUUAUCAUGAACUGUCUAUCAUAUAUCAAAAGCUGCAGCAAGAAAAUCUAACUCAGCAAGAAUAUUCUUUAAAACUUGAACAACGCGAACGCUUCUUAGCUCAACGAGAAGCCUUGGUUUGUAAACAUGAAACUGUUUUGACUAAAAUACGAGGAGUCGAGGAAGAGGUUAAUGCAAAACUUCAAAUUAUAAAGGAGCAACAUGAAGCAGCAAUUCAACAGUUGUCUGAAGCCUUGAAAGAAAAAACAAAGGAAAACAAGAGGCUCAGAUCAUCCUUUGACACUUUAAAGGAACUGAAUGAUACUUUAAAAAAACAGUUAAGUGAAGUGAGUGAACAAAAUCGGAAGAUAGAAGUCCAGUCUCGCAGAGUACAAACUCGUUUGGAGAAUCUGCAGAGAAAACAUGAAUUUUUAAUAAUACAGAAGUCUAAAGAAGUUUCCCAUGCAGCCCAGGAACAUAAACCUAUCAGGCCAGAAAAGGUGACAGCAGUGUCAAAAACUUGUAAGGUGCCACUUAAUUUACACAUCUAUGACCUUUUAACUGUGCUAAUGGACUGGAUCUCAGAUGAGCACCUCAGUAAGCCGAUGAGUGAGAAUGAGAAAGAAAACAUUUGUAAACCAGCUAGCACACUUUCUUCCAACAAAAGCUACACACUGGAAAAAUGCAUUAAGAUCUUGCCUCUAGUUGCUGAGCAGCUUCAGUGGAUGCCCUUUGUGAAUCCUAACUUGCACAUGCUUGUGGUUAAAUUUAUUUAUUGGGCUAUCAGGCAAUUAGAUGGUGGGACACAGCAUACAACAUUGAUAUCAACAAUGAGAAGAUUGGGUGAAGACUUGUUUAAAGGUGUUUCACCAAAAGGAAGUCAAUAUGUUUCUUCUGAACAUGCUGCUGAUCUUAAACUUAAGACAGCAACUUUCUUUAAGAGCAGAAGUUUACCAUUAAGACUUCUGUCAACUUUAAUUAUAAUCAAAACAGUGACACAGGCUGAUUACUUGGCUCAUGCCUUUGAUGCACUUUGCAUGGAUCUGAAGACAGAUGAAGGAAAGGCCUUGUUUCUAGACUAUCAAGCAGUGCCUAUUAUACUGAGUCACAUAAAAAUAUCAAGUAAAGGUCUGCUUUCCAAUGCCCUUGACAGUUUACUGCAGAUGACAACAGAAUCCAGGUUUCUGCACCGGUUUCUAGAAGCAUGCAGCAAUGAGUCCUUCUUCCGUAUUUGUUCAGUGCUACUUCGAAACUCUAAGUUAGAUAUACAGGUUCUUGAAAAACUCAGCAUUCUACUUCAAAAGCUCUCAAAAAUUAAGAGUAAUAAGAAGAUGUUUGAACUGUUUACUGUUCACCUGAUGAUUCAAGAACUGCAGAGGACAUCACAUCCCGAGCAUGCUUUUUUAUGCAUUAACCUCAACUCCAUUCUCUUUAAUUUGGGUUUGACAAAAGGCAACCCUCUUGCCAACAGUCUAAAGACAAGUCAGUAACAAGCUGCAUUUUACUUAAGAGUUCUUUAUUUUCCUACAGGUUGUUUGUAGUACAUGAAUUGAUAUGUGUGGGGGAGGAACUGGUCACAUUGAGUGCUCCAGUGUUCUUGGAACGAUCAGGAUGGGAUAGUUUGCCAUUUUUAAAUUAAACUGAAUAAUGGUUUUUGUUCCUUUCGUAAACAUUUUAUAAGUGCAAGUGGUCUUGAUCCAGAGAAAUGUAUACUCAGAAGUAUCCAAAGGUGGCUGCUGUCAACAGUACUGGACAGAUGACUGCUUUGAGCUGAUGGGCGACAAAAUUCAUUCUCCCAUUCUUCCCUUGUAAAAGUUGAUCAGUGCUUCCAAAUCUGGCUGGGAACCUUAUCUGCAACUCUAAUCCCCUUUUAUGGAAUUAAUUUCUGAUUCAUAUGGCAAGGAUGGCAAGAUUCUUCAGCCCCCAUGUGCACAAUCGAGUCUCUUACAUGGCAAUUAAUACAUUUGUGCCAGAAGAGUUCCUCCACCCCACCCUGCUGAAUACCCAUGCCUAUCUUUGCUGCAUAACCCAGAGAUGUAGUCAGUAAUGCAGAAGCCCUCUAAUUUAGACCUCCAAGGAGUGCUGGGCAACUGGGAGGGCAGCUUGAAGAGGCUUCUGCUUUCUGUUUGGUCAGUGUGGCUCUCCAGCUUCCCCCCCCCCACCCACUUCCCAACUUAGCAGCACCUGCUUCUCUUCUCAAGUCUGCAGUGGGAAGACAUUCAGAGUUCUAGGCAGCAGCAUGGGUUAUUGGCAAGCUAGAGGAAAACCCAGAAGAGAUGCUAAAAAGGCAUCAUUGCUUUCCUGAUACUUUUUCAAAUGAGGAAAGAGGCACAAAAACCCUAGGCAUGUGUUUCUGUUCAGCUAGUGCUGUAGUUGGGGAUCCAUACUUGGGAAGCCUGGUUUCUGCAGUUCAGACUGCAAGGCCUUAAGCCACCUGUUUGGCAGAGAGUAAUAUCCUCAAAGCUGUAUAAGCAGGGUUUAAAAAAAAAUGAUAUUAACAUUUAUACAUAAAUUUCGUGUUUAUCUCUUUUAGGGAUUAUUCCAGUUAGUGAAGCCAAACAAGAAAGAUUGGUGCUGAUUUUCUGAUUUGUUCACCAUAGUGGCUGUUUUUUUGUUUUUUGUUUUUAAAUUUAUUUUUGUAUCCCACCCUUCCCCGCCAAAGGCAGGCUCAGGGCGGCUCACAGACAUGGAGCAACCAUGAUUUCAAUAAAAUACAAACAAUACAAAAGACAAAUUAAAAUACAAUUAAGUUACCAUUGUAAAUUUGGUUAAAAUUGGAUAAAACAGCUGUUAAAUGUUAAUAGUUAAGGUGCUACAAUUCACAGUCAUAUAUUAGAUGGCUAGAAAUCAAUUUAGCCGGGUUCUAUCUUGAAAGUGAGCUGAAAGAGGGUGGUUUUGCAAGCCCUGCAGAACUGAUUCAGGUCCCGCAGGGCUCGCACCACCUCUGGAAGUUGAUUCCACCAUCGGGGGGCCAUAGCUGAGAAGGCUUGCUCCCUCGUUAUUUUCAAUCUAGCCUCUCUUGGCCCAGGGAUUUUUAAAAGGUUUUGGGAACUAGAUCUCAGUGCUCUCCCUUUCAAGUGUAUAUAUAUUGCUGUGCUUUAUGGAUUCAUGGUGAUUUUUGGAAUGUCUUGGUUCUUAUGUUCUCUUGAACAUGCAAGUUGUUCAUAUAGGACCGGGAUGGCCACAUUCUUUAGCCUGGAGAGUUGAAUUCUCCUAGGCCGUGACACCUUGUACAUUCAUGCCUUGUCUGGGAAGUGUCCAUCUCCUGUUCCCCCAAGCAUUUUAAUGUAAAACUAAAUCAAAAUUAAAACUUCCUAAUUAUAUGGUGAA